GGGCGGGAGACUCGGCGGCGGCGGCGCGCGCACCCUGCUCGGCCCUCCCGGUCGCCCUCGCCCCAUACCUUCCUGAGUGUGUGAGUGUGUGAGUGUGUGUGUGCGUGUUUCCUUACAAAGGGCAUUUUACGAUUGAUUGAUUCGUAGUCCUCCCCUUUGCUCUUUGUGCUGUACCCCCCUCCCGCCAUCCCAGGUGCUUCUCCCUUCCCCACGCCGGCCUCUCCGCGAGCGCGGGUCGCCGGUUGGUCCCUUCGGUCCCGGCUUCGCUCCCUGCAGCCCGUCCGUGUCCCGGGGCUGCCCGCAGCCUCCCCGCUCCCCUCUCCCCGCCGAUCGCCCCGCCGCCCGCCAUGGCGACCGCGACCCCCGUGCCGCCGCGGACGGGCAGCCGCGCCGGCGGCCCCGCCACGCCGCUGAGCCCCACGCGGCUGUCGCGGCUGCAGGAGAAGGAGGAGCUGCGCGAGCUCAACGACCGGCUGGCCGUGUACAUCGACAAGGUGCGCAGCCUGGAGACGGAGAACAGCGCGCUGCAGCUGCAGGUGACGGAGCGCGAGGAGGUGCGCGGCCGCGAGCUCACCGGCCUCAAGGCGCUCUACGAGACGGAGCUGGCCGACGCGCGACGCGCGCUCGACGACACGGCCCGCGAGCGCGCCAAGCUGCAGAUCGAGCUGGGCAAGUUCAAGGCCGAGCACGACCAGCUGCUCCUCAAUUAUGCUAAGAAAGAGUCUGAUCUUAACGGAGCCCAGAUCAAGCUUCGAGAAUAUGAAGCAGCACUGAAUUCUAAAGAUGCAGCCCUGGCUACUGCACUUGGUGACAAAAAAAGUUUAGAGGGAGAGUUGGAGGAUCUGAAGGAUCAGAUUGCCCAGUUGGAAGCCUCCUUAGCAGCUGCCAAAAAACAGUUAGCAGAUGAAACUUUACUGAAAGUGGACUUGGAGAAUCGCUGUCAGAGCCUUACUGAGGACUUGGAGUUUCGUAAAAGCAUGUAUGAGGAGGAGAUUAAUGAGACCAGAAGGAAGCAUGAAACUCGCUUGGUAGAGGUGGAUUCUGGACGUCAGAUUGAGUAUGAGUACAAGCUGGCUCAAGCCCUUCAUGAGAUGAGAGAGCAACACGAUGCCCAAGUCAAGCUUUAUAAGGAAGAGCUGGAGCAGACUUACCAUGCCAAACUUGAGAAUGCCAGACUGUCGUCAGAGAUGAACACUUCUACUGUCAACACUGCCAGGGAAGAACUGAUGGAAAGUCGUAUGAGAAUUGAGAGCCUUUCAUCUCAGCUUUCUAAUCUACAGAAAGAGUCUAGGGCAUGUUUGGAGAGGAUUCAAGAGUUGGAAGAGUUGCUUGCUAAAGAAAGAGACAGCUCUCGGCGCAUGCUGUCUGACAAAGAGAGAGAGAUGGCAGAAAUACGGGAUCAGAUGCAGCAACAGCUGAAUGAUUACGAACAACUUCUUGAUGUAAAGUUAGCUCUGGACAUGGAAAUCAGUGCUUAUAGGAAACUCUUAGAAGGCGAGGAGGAGAGGUUGAAGCUCUCUCCAAGCCCUUCUUCUCGUGUGACAGUAUCACGAGCAUCCUCAAGUCGCAGCGUGCGUACCACUAGAGGAAAGCGGAAGAGAGUCGAUGUGGAAGAAUCAGAGGCGAGCAGUAGUGUUAGCAUCUCUCAUUCUGCUUCAGCCACUGGGAAUGUCUGCAUUGAAGAGAUAGAUGUCGAUGGCAAGUUCAUCCGCUUGAAGAACACUUCCGAACAGGAUCAACCAAUGGGAGGCUGGGAAAUGAUCAGAAAAAUUGGAGACACGUCAGUUAGUUACAAAUAUACCUCAAGAUAUGUGCUGAAGGCAGGCCAGACUGUUACAAUCUGGGCUGCAAAUGCUGGUGUCACAGCCAGUCCUCCCACUGACCUCAUCUGGAAGAACCAGAACUCUUGGGGCACUGGCGAAGACGUGAAGGUUAUAUUGAAAAAUUCUCAGGGAGAGGAGGUUGCUCAAAGAAGUACGGUCUUUAAAACAACUAUACCUGAAGAGGAAGAGGAGGAGGAAGAAACACCUGAAGUGGUUGUAGAGGAAGAACUUUUCCACCAGCAGGGAGCCCCAAGAGCAUCCAAUAGAAGCUGUGCAAUUAUGUAAACUUCUCAAGUCCACUGUCUUCCUCAGAAUAAAGAAGUAUGGUAAUCCUUACCUACAUACAGUGCAGAGCCUUCUCAGAAGCACAGAAUAUUUUUAUAUUUCCUUUAUGUGAAUUUUUAAGCUGCGAAUCUGAUGGCCUUAAUUUCCUUUUUUUGACACUGAAAGUUUUGUAAAAGAAAUCAUAUCCAUACACUUUGUUACAAGAUGUGAAUUAUUGACACUGAACUAACUGUGUACUGUUUGGAAAGGGUCCCUCAAAUUUUUUGACAUUUUUUUGUAUGUGUGUGUUUUUUUAAGUUCUUAUGAGGAGGGGAGGGGAGGGUAAAUAAACCACUGUGUGUCCAGGUAUAAUUUGAAGAUUGCUUCAUCUAGAUUAGCAAUCUGCUCUUGAUUAUCCUCUGCUCUAUAUAACGGUGCUGUGAGGGAGGGGGAAAGCAUUUUUCAAUAUAUCGAACUUUUGUACUGAAUUUUUUUGUAAUAAACAAUCAAGGUUACAAAUUUUUUUUUUAAAUAGAAAAGAGAAAUUUUGUAAGAAGGCAAUAUUAACCUAAUAUCAUGUAAGCACUCUGGAUGAAGGAUUCCACAAAACUUUGUUUUAUGGUUACUUCUUCUUAGAUUCUUAAUUCGUGAAGGGAAUGGGGGGGAGGGGGAGAAGGGUUUCUCUUAAAACUCAUUAGUUGUUUUUUAAGAUAGUGUAACUUGCUUAAAUUUCUUAUGUGACAUUAACAAAUAAAAAGCUGUUUUA